AUAACAGGCAAGACAGGUCAUGGUUCUUAAUCCAGCUCGUGCCUAGCCUAGCCCCCAGGCCCUGGUCAAACAAAUCUGAGUAUUACCAACCUUGGGUCUCCUCUUCUCUCUACCAUCCCUUCUUUUUUUCUUCAUCUGUUUUUGUUUCCUCAACACCAACUAAGCUUAUCGUGCAGCCUCAUCUUAGUUGCCCCAUAACAAUAACAACAUCGUAACCUAUCGCGACAAGGACAAAAUCCAUCAUUUACGAUUUACACGAUUGCGCCUUCAAUAGUUUCGGUAACUACAUCGUCAUCUUUUCCCUCCACACGACUAUGCCCACUGUUUGACGAGACCAGGCUAAGUCUCGUCUCGCUCGUGCAAUUGGGUUGUGUGGGUGGGAGAUUCCUCGCGUCUAAAGUCGAAUAGGAGCUGCAGGGAGCCUACCGAAAGGGUUGAAACAUUACGCGACGCUUCGCCCACGAUCUAUACACGAAUAUAACGAAUACGAUCGCGAUAAACGCGACACCGCAUCCGUGUUAAUAUAAUUAACCUCUUUCAUCUCGCGAUAAAAUCAUCUGCGCCGUAGUAUCAUUAUCUCACGAUGUCUAUGUAUCAACACCGCGGCAUACCGCAAAAUGCGGCGCGUCUCAAUGAGCUGCUUGAUCAAAUCCGAACUGAAUUUGACAACCAAGUCCGUAUAAAUGAAGGAUGUGAACAGCAGAUCCAGCAGCAAGUCCAAGAAGCUCAACUCAUUCGUGAGAAAGUCUAUCAAUUAGAGCAACAGCACAUGAAUAUCAAAGCAAAGUAUGAGGAGGAGAUGGUCAUACUUCGUCGUCAACUCGAAGCCGCACGAGGAGGUGCCCCUCAAGCCGCUCUACCUGGGCCCCCUCAACAUGGUGGUCCAUCGGCAGGUCCUCCACCUCCUUCGAUUGGCAUGGGCAACAAUCUUUUUAGUGGUAUCAUGACCGGCCAGGGAGGUCAAGGUGGUGGACUCCCUCCACAGCCCACUCCCCAGGAUCAGGCUCCUCCUGGACCUCAACAUCAGAUGCCACAGCCGCCUCCGGGACUCCAAGGACCACCUCCACCUCCUCCGCCCCCUUCGCAACAGCCCCCUUUCCAGCAGCCCUACCAAGGCCCGGCUCCUAACGGGUUUCCUGGUCAACCUCCUCAGAGUACUGCUUCGCCCGGGCCGGGAAAGCGCGGCAUCGGUAGGCCUCCAGCUGGCGGACCUGCUACACCGCAGAUUAACACCCCGAUGCCAUAUGCUGGACCCGGAGCAUCACCACAGGUUGCGAACCACCCGACCCCCGACCACAGAGCUAUCCCUCCCCACCCUGGCCCGAUGGUCAACAACGCCCUUGGCGACUUAGAUGUAGAGCGUCUUCCGGCACACGUCAAAAAAACUAGGGAUGAUUGGUUUGUUAUCUUCAACCAGCAUGUUCCUCGUAUGCUCGACGUUGAUCUAGUUCACACACUUAACCACGAAAGUGUUGUGUGUUGUGUGAGAUUUAGUCACGAUGGCAAAUAUGUCGCAACUGGUUGCAACAGAUCCGCUCAGAUUUACGAUGUUGCCACCGGAGAAAAGGUUUGUGUCCUACAGGAUGAGAAUGUCGACAUCUCCGGAGACCUGUAUAUUCGAAGCGUCUGUUUCAGUCCCGAUGGCAAGUAUCUAGCUACUGGAGCGGAGGACAAGCUUAUUCGUGUCUGGGAUAUCGCCAAUCGUACGAUUCGGAACACCUUUGCCGGUCACGAGCAAGACAUCUACUCUCUAGAUUUCGCACGAGACGGACGAACGAUUGCAUCCGGAAGUGGCGACAGAACUGUUCGACUUUGGGACAUUGAACACGGUACCAACAUGCUUACCCUCUCUAUUGAAGAUGGCGUUACGACCGUCGCAAUUUCGCCAGAUACGAAAUAUGUUGCUGCUGGUUCGCUAGACAAGAGUGUCCGCGUCUGGGAUAUUCAACAGGGAUACCUUCUUGAGCGCCUCGAAGGUCCUGAAGGCCAUAAAGAUAGCGUUUAUUCUGUUGCCUUCUCUCCUAACGGGAAGGACCUUGUGAGUGGCAGUCUGGACAAGACUAUCAAGAUGUGGGAAUUAUCGACCCCCCGAGGCGUGUCGAACCCCGGACCUAAGGGCGGCCGAUGUGUGAAGACAUUUGAGGGUCACCGAGACUUUGUACUUAGUGUUGCUCUCACCCCCGAUGCUAACUGGGUCAUGUCGGGCUCUAAAGAUCGUGGUGUCCAAUUCUGGGAUCCCCGAACAGGCUUUACUCAACUGAUGCUCCAAGGCCAUAAGAACUCGGUCAUCUCCGUAGCUCCUAGCCCGACGGGUGGUUACUUUGCAACUGGGUCUGGCGACAUGAGAGCGCGUAUCUGGUCGUAUCGGUCGAUAUCUUAAGAGGAAACAGCGGCGACGGCUAAACAAUCUCUAGCUCAGAUAGAGCCGUCGGACCCCGGAGAAGAGAAUAUUGCCCUGGAAGAUCUCUCCACUUUAAUGAAUUCAAUCAUGGGCUUCGAUGACCCGGUUUCGCCAUAGAUGAUGACCCCCGCAUAUGUAGGAGGGAUAGGUUUUAGUAUUUAGUUAUCCUUAGGGCUCAGGAGGGCUCUAAUUCGCCUGAAAUAUGAUUUAACGUAGCCUUCGGGUCUUAUUGCCACUGUCAAAGCGAAGGCACGCUCCUCGGACGAUUAUGAAGGUGUGGAUAUGAGGUGUACUUGGAGAGAACGGGGCAAAAUCUUUUUUUUGUAACGGUCUCCAUAGGCUGGCGAGGCUUAGAAGGCGCGGUUUUAAUCUCCAUUGUUAAGAACAAACAAACGUGUAGCCUAUGUCAUUAGUAUUGCUCAAAGAUUUUUUGCUAGUAAUGGAAUCAGCGUGAUAAAUUCAAAAA